AUGCAGCAGCAGGUGCGCCCGGGCUACAGCAUCACGGGCUUUGAGCAGGCGGCAUUCUACAGCUGGUUCGGCCUGGUGCUGGCCGUGCAGCGGCAGCCCGUGGUGGUGCACAUAGAGGCGUCUGCCGACUCCUUUCUUAACUACGAUGGGGACCCAGCGUGCUUCACGUACAACCUGAACCACGUGGUGCUGCUGGUGGGGUACCGCCUGGUGGGGGCAGAUGAAGCCUUCCCCCACAUGGCGCCGCCCUUCUGGAUCAUCCGCAACUCAUGGGGGCCUGACUGGGGCGAUGGGGGCCACAUGCGCAUGCACAUCCAAGGGGGGGAUGGCAUGUGCGGCAUCAACACGCUGCCGGGGAUCUACCCCGUCAUUAUUGACAAGCGAGACCCGUGCAACAGCGGGGCGCACCGGGAUCCCAUUGGUGCAGUGCUGAAUCCGUGUGGCAACUUCACGUGCACGGUUACUGCUGACCGCAGGUCCAACCGCUACGCCUGCAACACGGCAUCUGACGGUCGAUUCAUUGAGGCCACCAACACCGAUGGCUCGUGCACCUGUGAUUAUGCGCAAAUCCGCAACCCGUGUGCGGUGGGCACGUGUGUGAACGACGAGGCGGGGUCGUACUCGUGUGUGUGUCCACCGGGCUUCAGGCAGGGCACUACCGUCAAUGGCACCUUCUCCUGUGCGCCCUGCAGCACCAGCGGCACCUACACCGUUGUCUCACCCAAUGUCAAGUGCUCAGACGUCUUCCCGUCUACUGCCUCUCUCUGGAACAGCUCAAGCAGCAGAACUCAGUGA